UGGCUCACCCUGUGGGCAAAGAUUGGGGAAAAGUCACCGUUUCAAAUGUAGCUAAAUACUCGGUUGGCUGAAAUCCACCUGUGGUUUUAGUAUUUAGUCUUGCCAGAUUGUGUUUUUAAAACAUGAAGACGCUGUAGUCUGGUUAUCGCUGAUGACCUUGAAUGUGUGUUUUAAGCCGCUCAGUUGCUCCUGCGGUCUGAGACCACAGACUCUCCGACAGGUGCGUCACUGACAGCAAAUAUGAGCCGCUUUCUGAACGUCCUCCGGAGCUGGCUGCUGAUGGUGUCCGUCAUCGCGAUGGGAAACACCGUGCAGAGCUUCAGGGAUCACAGCUUCCUCUCAGAGAAACUGUACACGGGAACGCCAGAGUUUGUAAAUGGUCUCCAAGCUCGAACGUUUGGUAUUUGGACUUUGCUGUCGUCAAUCAUCCGCUGUGCCUGUGCUAUUGAUAUCCAGAACAGAACGCUGUAUCACAUUACUUUAUGGACAUUUGUGUUGGCACUGGGUCACUUUUUGUCUGAAGCAUUCAUCUACAAAACUGCACCGCUGACUAUUGGAGUGAUGGCACCACUCAUUGUUGCAAGUUUUUCCAUCAUAGGAAUGCUCAUUGGAUUCCAGUGUUUUCCAGAGACUCAGGAAGAAUUGGGAGCGCGGCAGAAGAAGCGAAACUAGUUUCCUCCUCUUAUUGGCCGAAACCACCACCAGCAUCCAGGCUUGGACCAGUAAUUGUGUGCCAGCUUUUGCAUCAUGAAAAAAGUUCACAUGUAAUUUGUUUUUUGAGAGACUUUGUAUUUUACCCUUUACAUCCUUUGUAUAAAUAUAUAUUUUAUUGUUGACGGUGCAGCAAUGAGGGUGUUCUGGAUUUGCCGACUUAACAUUCAAAGGAGCAAUAUUAUAAAAGGAUUAAGCCACAUAGUAAUCUGGAACAUAAUUUUUUCACUUCAUCUCCAUUUUUUUAAAAUCAGUUCAGACUUACCAAAGAUCUACAUAAUGUAAAAGUGUUUUACACACACAGUAGCUGUUUCUUGAUUUUUACCUCAGAAACAAACUUGAGGUUUAAUGAAUUUGCAAUAAGAAAGUUAUUUAUCUGAAGAGCAAUUCAGAAAUCUUGAUUCUGAAGGUGUAAUUGUUUGUUUUGCAUUAUUUUUAGGAAAUUAUCCAUGUUGCUCGAUAUUUGAAUUAAGCUUCACAUUUUUUGCCAGCAUCUUCUGAUGAAUAUAUAAUUCAAACACGUCCCCUAUGUCCUUCAUGAUUCACAGAUCAAUCUAUCUUCAAGUAGAAACAAAAUACCCAGUUACCUAGAGUAUAUAGAGGUUAAUUAUCUGGGGAUUCUUGGGUGUUUGAUCAAAUUUGAUUCUAAACAAACCGAGUUGAUUCUCCAGAUAUUAAAUUUUUGUUUUAUUGGUUGGAAUUUUAGUAUGUUUUCUUUUAUGUAAUUUGCUGUACUGUUUUCUUGUCACCAUAUCUUUAUGGUGCUGUGUCAUCUCUUUCCUUCCCCCAACUUAUCGUAAGAUGUUUAUGUUUAAUUUAUGUCUUUUUAAUUUGUGUUUUUUUUGCCCAAGUUUACUAACUGCUCCUCAUGCAACCUGUUUUACCUCUCUUUGUGACCUGUAUUUGAUGGGAAUUUUAAUAUUAAUAGAUUAGUAUUUUGUUGCAUCUCCCAUGUCAUGUUUUUCCAAGGUCAUUUGAAUCCUUCUUAUUUACUGGUGCUUCCUAAAUCCCCAAUAAGUUCAUUAUAAAAAUGUUUUUUGCACAUUAAAAUUCUGAAAAAUA